AUGCACACAUUUAUCAUAUCGAAUUUAGAGUUAGAAUCGCUUGAUGUGCAAAUGUUCAGUAAUGCAAAUAAUGUUAGCAAUUUAAUUGUGUCGCAAAAUUCACUGAAAGAAAUUCCAGCAUUAUUAUUGGUCAAUGCAAAACGACUCAAGUAUGCUGAUUUUUCCAAUAAUUCAAUUAAACAUAUCUUUCGUUUUGCAUUCAUGGGUGUCAACAGUCUUGAGGUAUUAGAUCUAUCGCGAAAUGCAAUUUCAACAAUCGAUAGUGACGCUUUCAUCGAUCUAAGAAAUUUAAAAUCACUAAAUCUGUCAUACAAUGAAAUUAGGAAAAUUUAUCCACAAACCUUUAAUGUGUUCAAUUUAUUGGCACUAGAUUUAUCGAACAAUAAAGUGCAUUAUUUAGAUAAGAGCACAUUCAACUAUACCAAUUUCGUCAAUUUGAAACACUUAAAUCUAUCCGAGAAUUCAAUUAGCGAUUUAGCAGUCGGGAUAUUUUCGUUUAUGCCGAACCUGGAAUAUUUGAAUUUGCGACGAACCAAUUUAUCAGACAUCAAAUUUGGAACAUUUUCACAUCAACAUAAAUUGAUUUUAUUGGAUUUAUCCGAAAAUAAUUUAAAGAAAUUGGACUUCAGUCUGUUCAUGCCGAUCAUGCACGAUCUUCAAUCACUCGAGUUGGACGGAAAUCAACUGAUCGAUUUGGAUGGCUUUUCAAAUUCACUUUUUCCACAAUUGCGGACUCUGGACAUCAAACAUAAUAAUUUCAAUUGUUCGCAUUUGAUAAAAUUCAUGAAAUCGGUGAACUGGGAAAAGAUUCGCAUUCCGAUUGAAGCAAAUUCGGUUAAAUCCGGCGAAACAAGUAUUCGGGGUGUAAAGUGCAGAGACAUGAAUCGUCCAGAGUUACCCGAAGGAACCAGUAACGAUAUUUCAACGGCAAACAAAUCAACGUUAGAUGCGAACUUAUCCACUUGGAAUCGGAACUUCCAUAUAAAACGUAAUUUCUUCACACAUUUCCCGAAUGUGCACACAAUAAACCUAUCAAAUGUUGGCUUGGAAUCGCUGCAGAAAGAAAUAUUCAACGAAGCAACAAAUGUGUCUAAAUUGAUAUUAUCAAAAAAUCACUUGACUGAAAUUCCGACGCUGGUAUUUAUCAACGCGAAAAAUCUAACAUUCGCUAAUUUUUCGGAAAAUCAAAUAAUGCGCAUCGAUUCGUUAGCGUUUGCGGGUGCAAAUAAACUCCAAACACUUGAUCUUUCCAAUAACGAUCUCCGAGCAUUGGAUGAAGUGUUCAUUGGACUUUCGGGCUUGAGGAUGCUUAAUUUAUCGUAUAAUAAAUUGAGUGGUCUGAGUUCGCGUAAUUUUUCGACAUGCAAAUUAUGGGAACUGGAUGUGUCACACAAUAAUAUAAGCAUGAUCAAAGAACACGCUUUCGACGAAUUGAGUGAUUUAAGAUUACUGAAUUUAUCGUUUAAUCCAGUCGGCGAUUUAACAUCGGACAGAUUUACUUAUCUCCUGAAUUUGGAGCAUUUGAACUUGAAACGCACAAAUUUAUCGACCAUUGAACGUGGAGCAUUGUCACAUCAGCAUAAAUUGAUUUCAUUGGAUUUAUCGGAAAAUAAUUUGAAAAUAUUCGAUUUCAAGCUAUUUUUCCCGAUUCAACAUGAUCUGCGUGCACUUUAUUUGGGCGGAAAUCAACUAUCGCAUUUGAAUGGCUUUCGGAAUACUUUGUUUCCGCAGUUGACUUUAUUUGAUAUCAAUAAUAACAAAUACAACUGCAGAUAUUUGGAGCACUUCAUGGAGUCCAUUAAUUGGGAAAAGAUUCGUUUUUUGGUUGACUUAAAAUCAAUUAAUCCACAGGGCAUGAACAUUCGGGGAAUCAAUUGUGAAGCGACUGGACAUGACGAGUCUACCGAUGCAGAUUCACCAGAAAGUUCGCAAGAUAACGGUUUUAUAAAACUUAUCUUGGGUUUUAUUUGCAUAAUAAUGCUGGCAUAUUUGAUCAUACGAAAUCACGACAGAAUCUAUACCCGAAAUUGAUCUUUUCACAAAAUAGCGAACA